UUCUUCUCUUCUUCAACCUAGAGCUGUUUCGAACCCAUCGGCUGCCACUGCAGGAACCGUCAUGGCCUCUUCAGUUGGCAAUCAGCCCUCCCCGGGAGACGAAUCCGACCCAUUGCUCAAGAAUCACUCCCCGUCGCCCUCGAAAGCCGAUCCUGGCCGCCCCCUUACCCACACCCCCCAAGCACCGCGUCGCCAACUGCCAACGGCCAUCCGAUCCGGGGCCUACUCACCAAUAUGCUUUCUCCCGCUGGCCCUCGUGGCCGGAUACCUUCAAUGGAACCCGGUGCUCGUCUUCAUCUAUAACCUUUUUGCCAUCAUUGCCCUGUCGGCUAUCAUCUCCGACUCGUCCCAACAGCUCACAGCCCAGACGAACACAUGGACAGGUGCACUGAUCAACACCGUGCCCUGCAAAGCAGUCGGGUUGAGCCUAGGAGCCUGGGCGGUUGCCAGCCGCGAGAUCUAUGUGGCGCAAAGCCUGGCCAUCGGGACCAUCCUGUCCGAGAUCCUGCUGAUCCUGGGGUGCAGCAUGAUCGCCGCCUCCUACCGCAGCGACCUUCUCUACUUCAACCAACCCACCACCAACACCCUCUCCUCCCUCAUGCUCGCGACAUCCACGGUCCUCGUGCUCCCCUCCGUGCUGGCCACGAGCUUCCCCUACGAACUCGGCGACCGCACCGUGGCUUUUUCGCGCGGCGUCUCCGCGGUGCUGCUGGGCGUGUAUGCGGGAUACCUGUAUUUCCAGCUCGGAACGCACCGGCAUCUCUUCCCGCGGCAACAAUGGACCGAAAACCCCGAUGAGGUAAAUGCAGACGCUGACACCGCCCACGAUCUACCUCGCACCGCAUCAGGCAACGCGAAACCAGCCCUUGUCCUCACUCUCGCAACCCUGGCCGCCAUCAUCUGCUCUAAAUUCCUCACCGAUACACUGGUUAUCACAGCGGCACGACUCCCCCUCAGCAAGACCCUGAUAGCCGCUACGCUCGUCCCACUCGCGACCACGGGCGCCACCGGCGUGUCGAUGAUUCGCGGCAGUGCGGUGAACCAGGAGGUCGAUGGUGCGGUGUGUGCGGUGGUGCAGAAUGUGGUGCAUCUGGGGUUGUUCGGGAUGCCGGUGUUGGUGCUGCUGGGGUGGGUGCUGGCGAAACCGAUGAGUCUGGUGUUCGAUGUGUUUGAGGUAGUGGUAUUGUUCUUUUCGGUGCUGCUGGUGAAUGGGGUGCUGCGUGGGGGGAGGUAUAGCGUUGUGCACGGGGUGGCGUUGGUUGCGAUGUAUGCUAUCCUUACGCUGGCGUUUUGUGUUCGCUAGCUGGUGGGUUUUCUUGGAUAAUAGAAGGAUGAGCUGGGAAUCGAGUUUUCAGUGUGAUCUACUUUCGCUGGGUAUAUAUAGGUUUCAGAUACACCGCAUGACUAUUUUUGUACGAACUCAGCAAAUAUGAAUGCAACUGCUUGCUGUGAGGAC